AAAACAUGCAUUGGAUUCAUGAGAGUACACAUAUCUCCUCAUAUCGUGAAACAGUGUGAUUUUGGGUUUUGUUCAAUUUGAGACCUAAUUUAUUUACCUAUAUUAAAAUGGAUAACAAGGAUUUUCUAAUAUACUCAAAAUGUUGUUUUUGUAUUCCGCUGCGGUUUGGUUUGCUUACAUGGGCAUACGUGAAGUUGGCUUUGAUUGUCGUUGUGACAUAUCUGAUGGUGAAUAUAAUCAAGCAAGUGACCAGCAACAGUGAGGUUUGGCACAUAAGUGCACUACUGGUCCUCUUAUUCGUGGAACUGUGUUUGACUGUAAUGUUCAUCAUCGCAGGGCACAAGAAGCGUGUAAGGUUCAUGCGUAUUUACUAUAUAUAUAGUAUAGUUAUGUUGGUGGUCAACGUCGUGUACGUAAUAGUCAUUUUCAUCCUGAUGGCUCCUAUGUUCUAUUCUCAGACUCGAACAGCUCUGCUAUUGGUACUUAAGGUCUUCUGUAACCUUCUAUUACAACUCUACUUCAUACUUCUAUUGAAAAGCGAAAUCACAAAACUGGAACACUCGAACGAGUCGCAAAACUUGGACAAGCAUUUGACGGAGGCUGGGGAUUGUAGUGAGAGAAAAUUAACUACUCCAUGUAUGAUACGCACGACAUUAAGAUCUGAAUCUGAUACGACAUUGAAACGAGGUGAAACAACGCUUGCUUGUAUGGAGUGAUUGAGAUUACCGGAGGCCCAAGUAACCCCUUUCCCAAUCUUCCCAAUCCCCGAUUCCUCAACAACCUUUAAAUUCCUUGCCCCCAAAAGGCAUUUGUAACGCCUCUUGUGUUUCAAGUGACCAUGGGUGGCGGCGAUUGCUUACCAUCAGGUGAUCCGUCUGCUCGUUUGCCUGUAUAUCUCAUAAAAAAGCCCUUAAUUAUCUAGUCAAGCAUAAUAAUAGUUAUCGUUACUUCUGCCUUCGGCUUGUAUACAUAUAUGUAUAUACUCGUAUUCAUAUUUCAAUUUAGACUGAUACUUUUCGUAUUUCAAUUUAGACUGAUACUUUUAUCUUUAGAUAUCUGUACUGUAGAGUGUAGAUAAUAUUAGGAUAUAGUAUAGCUUAGUAUCUUUAGGUAGGUAAAAUUAUUUUGUUUGAUCUUCGAAGGUGCCUUAUAUUGUAGUGAAUGAAAUAAAUGAUUUACAUUCAA